UGUGGGGUCGGUGGGAGCUGGGAGCACUGGGAGCAGGUGGAGGAGUGCGGAAUACCCUCGCCCCGGGAUAGCCGGAUACACGUUGUAGCAGGCCAGGCUCUCCCCGCGCGCUGACGCGACGAUGCUCGUGUAAAUCGGCGUAGUUCGAGAUCGUGAUUCACGUAGUUGAGAUCGCGAGCCUUCCGAGAAUGUCGCGCACGAGGACGGAGAGGAACGGGAACGGGGCCAAGUGCGAGGUUAGCGUGUGGACACGUGCGAUCACCGCCAACUCCGAGUGGCCGGACAAGGAGGAAUUUCUCGACGUGAUAUACUGGGCAAGACAGGCAAUUGGUAUUAUCGUCGGUAUAGGAUGGGGCCUUAUACCACUAAAAGGUUUUAUAGCUCUGUUGUUAUUUGUAGUAGUCAAUGCGGGAAUUACAUAUUUAUACUUUAGCAGUUUCCAACAAAUCGAUGAGGAAGAGUACGGUGGUAUGUGGGAGUUGACGAAAGAGGGAUUCAUGACCUCGUUCGCUGGUUUUCUGGUGACCUGGAUCAUCAUAUAUUCGGGAUUGCAUUUUGACUGAUUUGUAAGACAACACCAUGGAUAAAGAGCAAUAGCUUUUCCACGCGGAUUCAUCGCUGCUGCCAAAUUUAUUAUACGUAUGCAAUAGUCAUUCCCUCGCAAUAGAUAUAUCGUUGUAUACUUGACUUCUCGUAUACUGUUACAUGAUAUUGUUACAUACAAAUAUGAUUUAUCUGUAUAAAGAAGACCUUCUUACCUUCUCAA